CGAAUUGGGUCGAAGUUGGAAUGACAUAAUUUUUUUAGGAUUCCGUGUUGGAAUGCGAUUGUUCUCGACUUGGAAUUUGAAAUGUGCAGUAAUCCUUACUGCGUGCUUGCUGCGGUCGGAUGUUGUGCUGCAUUUUUCGUGUGUCUUUCAUGCGAGUCUGCAUUGGGUCAGAAUCUUCCCGGAGUGCAGUCGUGGAUUUGAUGGCUUCUUUUCACUCAAAACCAGACGCGCUGAUUAGGGUUUUAGACUUCGCAAAGGUCUUUUGCGCAGUUCGAAAAGCUUUUGUGGCACCUUAAGAUAUGCAACUUGGUUUGAUCGAAGAAGUGCGGGGUAAAAUGGUAGUUACGGGGUUUUCAAUUUCGCCUUUCGAAGUGCAUGGUGCUUGCAGCAGGGCCCUGAAUAUUGUGUACGAUACAUGACUGGGAAAACCAUGUAUUGAAACACUGCACUAUAAGUCAAGUGCGUGAAUUUUGCAAUUUACUUGAGUUCAGAGGCCAGGAAGUGAAGAGAAAUGGAGGAAAAUGAAGUGGGUGCUCUAAGGAAGGAGAGCGUGGAUGGAAUCAAAGAAGAGAGUUAUGUGUGGGGUCCGAAGCUGGGAUCAACCACGUACAAGUCUGUUACCAUACGUGGUGAAACGCUUGUUGUUGGUGAUUGUGUGCGAUGCUCGUUUGAAUCUAAACCCGGUCAUAUUGGGAAAAUUAUGAAGCUCUCUCAGUUGAAAGACAGAAAGGUUUGUAAAGUUCGGAGGUUCUAUUCCCUCUUUGAGUUAUCUCCGUCUGCUGUCCAAGCAUUGGGUUACACCCCACAAUCGAAGGAGCGGUUCUUGGCAUCAGGGGAAGGGCCCGGCGUGGAGGACGAUAUGUCAUUGGAGGAAAUAGCCAGUAGAUGCAUCAUAUUUUGCACUGCAAAGGAUGAGGAUGGCUUCAACGAGAUUCCUUCUGAUAAUCAAAUUGAGUCUGCCGAUUACUUUUUCCAUAAAGCGUAUGAUCCUGAAAACAAGGAAGUUGUUGAGCUUGAUAGUGUUGUAGAGGCCAUUGGAGCUCAAAAAGUUUUUAACAGGAGGGAGUGGCUAUUAGCCAAGAUUCCGGGACGCUCCUUUUCACAGAUCGAGUCUUCAUCUCGAGUGCUCUGUCAAUCUCCUGCUUCAGUGUCCUCCCAUCAGGAUGCUGCUUGUGCUCAAAACUUGUCUGUUCCUGAAGUGUCACCUGCUCCUUCGAGAGAAUCAACGGAGCAGAGGACGAAGAAAAGGAAGAGCACUGAAUUAGUUUCGGAAUCACAGAAGCUUGGAGUAAUAGAGGAACAGAAUGAAGUACAUACUCCCAAGCGAUCAAAAGUCGAGUCACCUAAGGCCGUCGUCAUAGAGGAAAUGAAAAUUGACAUCGAACCAGAAGAGCCUGAUGGUAAAAAGGUAAAGAACUCAGAAGCUGAACCAGGGUAUGUCGACGUCAUAGUAGAAAACACUUUUGAAGCCCAGUUUGAGAAGGCCGACCUUGCAAGGGAAAAGAAGGUUAAAGCCAAGCCAAAGAAAACCAACAUUGUGGAUGAAAAGAGCGAAGUCCAUAUACCUAAGAAUUUUGAAGUUGAGUUAAAGAAGGAAGCUAUUGAGAAAAAUAACGAAGCGCAUGGUCAUGGAAAAUCUAAAGUUGAGCACCAGAUAGUAGUCUUAGGUAUUCCAGCACCAGCAAAGAGCAAUUUAGGACAAGGACAUGCAAAUCUGCAUGUCAAGGCCGAACGGCCUUUUCCCUCAGUGCCUAAUGCAGAAGCAGCUCCUCUUGAAGGGAAGGAUAAAUUGAAGAGAGAUUCAAAUUCCUCAGUUGCUUUAGUUGAAUUUACUCAGGCUGAGAUAAAAGGUGGCGGGGUGAGAGUUGAAGAACCAAGAAAAGCCGAGGAGACACGUGCCGAGGGGUUGCAGAACACAAUUUCUAAGCCUGUUGAAAUGUCUAAUGUUCCAACUUGGAAUGAGACUUUUAGAAAACAGAAAGGAGCUGAUGACGCUGACAUUUGGGCUACCUCUCGUGAUAGUCGUGAAGCGAAGACUGGAGCUGAUGAAAAAUCCUCAAGACUCUCUCUUGGGCUAGACGAGAAAACAUUACGCACGCAGGCACCCAGUCUGUCGCAUCCUUCAACCAGUGCAAGGAAGAUUUCCAACGUUCAUACAGGCACUUCAAGUGGUACAAAAUCAGGCACGACUUCACUAACUGAGACUCCAAAUGAUGCAUCUUCAAAGCCUCCUAUAAAUUCAAGUGCAAUGGAGCAGGGCACAAAUUUUCAUUGUGCAAGUCCCAGCAAUUCAAAAGAGUUGAAGAAAGGUGAUGUUGAUAGCAGCUACAAAAAGGACGAAGAUGUGGCUCGGGGAUCAAAUCAGAGUCAUCGACAAUCUAGUUCCCCAGCUUUAGACGUACCUGCAAGAAAAGAGAAUUUAUCCACAGCCAAGGAGCUUAUUCGACCUGGAUCACCAAGGGAAGAGUUGAGUACAAUUUUGACGGACAGACCUAACGACGCCCCGAAUGCUCAACAGGAGAAACGUCAUCGACAAGUUCCCAAAGCAAGAGUUGAGGACUGGGAUGCAUCAAUAGUUCCGGCAAUCCAAGGCAACAGGGUUUUGCUUCUCAAGAAUGUGGACCCAGGACUGCAUUCUGAUGACUUGGCGGAAGCAUUUACUGCUGAAAUGAGGAUGAAAUGUGAAGUUCGAAUAGCCCCACCAGUUUCUUUCAAUUAUAAUACUACUUCAGCGCUAUUGAAGCUACCGUCUGCCAAGAAAGCUGACGAGUUUCUGCACAAGAUGGAAUCAAGCUGUGUAGUAGUGGCGAACAGGCCUUUGACCGCUACUCGCUUUGAUAUUACCGAUUUCAAAAAAUCGCACCCAUCAAAGUAUCCUGGCCAUCUUGAUCUUGCUCUAGGGCGAGAUUUUGCCGUUGAAGAUCCUAGAAGCGCCGUGACAACAUCCCAUUUAGCACAGGGCAAUACUAUAGAGUUCGCAUUUGGUGUUCCGUGGCGGGUGCUUGACGAGCAGCAUCAGCUGCAAUGGCAAAUACUACAAGAUAGACACGACCAUGGAAAGUAGAAGAUGAAGGAUCAUUGAGAUUUGAAAGGCCAAGGACAGAGCAACCACGAGAAAGGUGUAAUCAUAUUCGCGGGACCAACUUAGAACCCGUUGUUGUAUACCAUUGGUUCCAGUUUAAACUGUAGAAUACCCAUUUUUGCACAUUGUAUGACCUGAAAUUGUCUUCUGUAUUGCCGGGAAAUGAAAUUGAAAUUGCUAGUUCUUUUGUUUUUCGAACUAAAGGCUAUCAGUAGUUAUUUCCAACUGCAUUUACUUCACGUUUUUCUCCCGUCAUCAAACUUUUAAUUCCUCUACUGCAGUUUUAGGAAAAUCAAUACAAUCUGAUUAAUACCCACUGUC